UCAAUUAGGCGAACGCAAAAAGUACGAUUUGUAGUUCCAAAAUAUGAAUAGAGUAGGCAGAGCUUGUGUAGACGAUCGCACCUAAGAAUAAUAACAUCAAUACGUCAAACGUAUGUCAAGCCAAAUCGACAUAACCUCAAGUCUUGACCGAAUUUUGUAUCUGACGUGGAUAUUAUUUUUCAUCUGUAGUCUUAGUUAAAAUAAAUAAAAAUGGAUGUAGCAAAUUUAUUUGAUGAUGUUAAACGUAUGAACAAAAGGCAGUUUAUCUACCAAGUAUUGAGUUUUGGAAUGAUAGUGUCCUCGGCAUUGAUGAUAUGGAAGGGUCUUAUGGUAGUUACUGGUAGCGAGAGUCCUAUUGUUGUAGUUUUAUCUGGGAGUAUGGAACCGGCUUUUCACAGGGGCGAUUUACUGUUCUUGACCAACUAUCCUGAAGAACCUGUCAGGGUGGGCGAAAUUGUUGUGUUCAAAGUUGAAGGAAGAGAUAUUCCAAUCGUUCACCGCGUUCUUAAACUCCAUGAAAAGAGAAAUGGCACCGUGAAAUUUCUAACCAAAGGAGACAACAACAGUGUGGAUGAUAGAGGGUUAUAUGCUCCAGGUCAACUGUGGUUAACAAAAGAUGAUGUAGUCGGAAGAGCAAGAGGAUUCUUGCCAUAUGUAGGCAUGGUUACCAUAUUGAUGAAUGAGUAUCCAAAGUUUAAGUAUGCAGUAUUGGCUUGUUUAGGACUUUACGUAUUGGUGCACAGAGAGUGAGAAUGAAGAUCUCUAUUAAACAUUUUUUUAAUAUUUUUUUGUUACUUAAAAUAAAAUUUAAAAAGUA